UGUGUGUGUGAGAGAGAGAGAGAGAGUGGGUGAGUGAGUGAGUGAGUGAGUGUGAGUGAGAGAGAGCUGAGCUGCUGCUCGCUGGGAGAUCUGCUAAAGGAAUAUUAUUUACAUUGAAGUUUGUGCCUUGCAGCUCGCACUAUGACGACUACUGUGGCUAAAAGGCCGAGCUCAGAGCAGAGGAAGGUGCGUCUGCGUGAUGCAGCUCGCUGUAGGCGGAGUCAGGAGACGGAGGUGUUCUAUGAACUUGCCCACUCGUUGCCCCUGUCACGCCGCAUCACCUCCCACCUAGACAAAGCUGGGAUCAUGAGGGUGACCCUCAGCUACCUGCGUAUGCGCCACCUCGUCCACUCUUCAUGGACCAAGGCACCGGCAGCAGCGGAGGAAGAGGAGGAUCCCACUGAUGCGUUCUACCAGCAGGCGCUUGCUGGCUUUAUCCUGGUGUUGAGCGACGACGGGGACAUGGUCUUCCUCUCUGACAAUGUCAGCAAGUUCAUAGGUAUCACGCAGCUGGAGCUGCUUGGCCAGAGUGUGUACGAUUAUGUCCAUCCAUGUGAUCAAGAGGAGCUGAGAGACCUUCUUACCACCAAACCUGGACUCUUUAAGAAGAAGUCUGAGAGUUUUACAGAGUGCAACUUCUUCCUGAGACUGAAAAGCACACUAACGAGCCGCGGCAAAACAGUGAACAUCAAGUCUGCCACCUGGAAGGUGGUUCACUGCACAGGCCACAUGAAGACAUUAAACCAGGAAGGGGAAGGCUCCUCCCCUGCAGGGAGCUACAUGACCCUGCUGUGUGAGCCCAUUCCCCACCCGAGCUGCGUGGAGUUCCCUCUGGACAGCAGCACCUUCCUCACACGCCACAACAUGGACCUGCACUUCAACCAGUGUGACGGCCGGGUGACUGAGCUUGUUGGAUACCAUCCCGGUGAGCUGAUUGGCCGAUCUGCCUAUGAUUUUUUCCAUGCACUUGACUUUGAUCAUCUGACAAGGAGCUUGCAUGUCUUGCUCUCCAAAGGUCAGGUGUGCACUAGCCGUUACCGCUUCCUGGCUAAGAACGGUGGAUUUGUUUGGACUGAGACCCAGGCCACGGUGCUCUACAACAGCAAGACCUCGCAGCCUGAAGCUGUGGUGUGCCUCAACUUCAUCCUCAGUGCGGUGGAGGAGGCAGACACUGUGUUCUCCAUUGAGCAGACGCGCAGUGAGUUGACGCAGGACAAACUGAGUGUAAUUGAGAUGGAGGACUCAGAGGAUGAGAUGAGUAGCAGCAGCAGCAGCAGCAGCAGCAGCAGUGAGCUUUUCCACAGUUUGAAGGACAGUCCAGAGGAUCUGCUGCAGCUGGCACCAGCUGAAGAAGAUACCAUUGUACCGCUGACAGAGCAUAGCGAGUUGUACUUCGGCCCACCAUCCAGCCCCAACACAGUGCCCAAAUGUCCAAAGGAGCUGUGUACCCCCAAACUCCGCCAGCUCCUCUCUCCCAUAUUCGAUAGUACCGGCCCCAACUCCCCUGAUCUGAGCUCAGGUGAUGAAGUUUCCAUGGACACUGGUGAGGUGGAGAAGUUCUUUGCCAACAAGCCAGAGGAGACUCAGAAAAAGCCAAUGGAGGAUCUGGAUGACAUGGAUCUGGAUAUGCUGGCACCCUACAUCUCCAUGGAUGAAGAUUUCCAGCUGACGUUCCUGCCCAAGGUGCCCCAGUCAGAGACCCAGACUGCUGAAGUACCAACUACAGCUUCUAAGAAAAGAGGUCUGGAUGAAGAGGAAGACAUUCCAUCUCUAACAUCCAACUGGGAGAAGAGACGGAAGAACUGCCCCAUAGAGGAGGAGUUUCUGCUCUCACAUUCCUCGUUGAUGGACAUGCAGGUUGCAGGUGGAUUAGAAGAGCUGGAGCCUGAUCGUUGGAAACAGAGUCAGCUCCUGACAGACAGAGACCCUGUGCUUGGAGGAACACAAGCACUGUGUGAUACAGCAGCUUUGAUGAGGGAUUCUUUCUCAUCACAACCACCUGAUUUAAUGGCUCGUUUAACUGGGACUAUAUCAACACUUGCCUGAGGAGAGAAAUGUAAUGUAAAUCAUGAAGCUACCACGAAGAUGCUUUAUUGGCUUUUUAUUAUGAAUUCAUAAUAAAAUGUGUAAUAUUCACAACACAGUUCAAGAAGUUCUGGUGAUCCAUCACCUGUGAAUUAAAACCACUUAUGAAAGAACAGAUCCUUGCCAGUUUCUUGUGCCGUCCUCUUAAGAUUGAGAAGUAGCUGAAUGGGUUGCGAGACCUGAGUUCAGUUUAGUAGGGUUCGAAUUACCAUCCUUUGAGCAGAAUUUGUCACGGGUGUUGACAUCAGUUAUACGAUGCUCACUUGAAAAACAUGCGCUUCAGACUCGAGCAGAGCUGGCUGAUGCUGUGAAACCAACGACCGUCCAGAUACCAACACUUACACCAAACAAAACAGAACUCUGUCACAUGAGAGAAAUUUUUUUCAAAAUGUUGUGCAAUCUUGGACCUGGACAGAACCAGUUUAUUCAGAUUUUUGCCUUCACUUUUUCCGGUGCAUGAAUGAACGUGGUCAAAGCAUUUGUUAAUCAAAUCAGUUUAGUUUCUCCUGGUGCUGUGGCUGUGGAGGUCUAAGUAAAAUAACUGCAGUACUGCAUUGUAUAACCCCAUCUCCAUCCUGUGGUUGUGAAUGAAAAGACUUUUCAUUUGUUUUUCUAUCUGAAAUGAGUGAUUUUAGGUUCAUUUUGAGCCGCAUUUUUAAAUGGAGGAAUAUACAUGUCUGAUCAAUGCCAUGCAUAACGCACACAAGUCCUCACCAUUUUCUGUAACAUCUUUUUAUUAAGCAUUUUAUAUACCUUUGCAUAUGUACCAUGUAAGUAAAAAUACAGAUUCAUUUGUUUUGUUUAUGUUGUAUCUUUGUGUCCUUUCGGAAUUUACAGUAAUCUUUGACGCUUGUCGGCUCUUCCUGUAGUGUUCAUGUAAAUAGAAGCUUGUCGUGUAUAAGGUCUAGCAAAUUGGGGGACGGUAGCCGGAAAGUAUUUUUAAUCUGUCUUUUGCAUUUAAUCACUGAAUGUGUUAGACUUUGAUCAUGUAGUUUAUCAAUAUAUGGGCUAGCUUCAUCUGUAAUGAUACAGUAUUCGAUCUCAUAUGAAAACUGUUUCUUCAUGGAUUUGUUCUCAGUAACUUUUUAUUUUAUGUUUGAAGUAUUUUUUUUUAUUUGUCUUGAGGGGAUGGGGGAAUAUUUUCCCCUAUUUUUAAGGUGCCGGUUGAGAAACCUUAUAAGCUAUGUUGAUUGUCAACCAGACAUGCCUUGCUUGUACGUUUCCUUACUAAUUUGCUGUCUGAAAUCCCUGUAUGUCUUGUUUCAGUUUGCAAAAAAGUUUUUAAUCCUGAAUUCUAACCAUGAAUUAACUAUUUUUUUUUU